CGUAUACCAAAUCGAUACUAAAAAUUUUAAUUUCGCUUCCACAAAUUAAUAUACCAUACGUUUCCAAGCCAGCCACAUAGCCGUAAAUAUUAAUAAUAAAUCUAAAGAUCCUUUCAUGAAUUCUGCUAAUUUAAUGAUACUCUUAUUUAUGGUAUUAGGGCAAUGCGGUGGCUUUAUCUCACCGAAUAUAAACUCUCUCUCAGUGUCAUCAAUCUUUGAGAGGAUUCGGAAGUCUGGUUUUCUGCCAUGGCUAUGGCCAUCCAAUAAACGUCUCUCUUUUGAACUUUCGGAUUCACCAUUAGCCCAGACUAAUGAGAGUUCGGUUUUAUUGAAUAUUUCUUCCAGUAUUUGAUGACAGUAUCGAUGGAUGAACGUAUCUUCGUCCAAUUUUUUAUCAUCAUUAUAACUCACCGAAGACAAAUAGGUAAAAAAAUUUCUCGAAACUAUCUGCACACAAUCAAAUAUUUAUUGGUCUUCGGCUGUUAAUAACGUAUUUCCUUUUGACCAAUUGCUACGCCACUUUGUAUUUAGUGAUUUACUGUCGCUCAAAAGCCUGUUGUAUUCAAUUAUUACUAAGUCAGCAACUGUUGGCAACUCCUUCGGAAUUAAUGAUCUUGGGAGAGCUUCAUUCCAU